CAAGACUCAUGAGUUUCUGACAGGUGUAAAGAUGGAAGAUGCUGAGGACGACAUUGCUGUAGUGGGUAUUGGCUGCAAUUUCCCAGGAGGAGAGGGGCUUGACAGUUUCUGGAAGGUUCUAUUGGAGGGGAAGAACUGUACAGUGCCAAUCCCAACUGAGAGAUUUGACUGUUCCCAGUGGUAUGACCCUGAUGACAACAAAGUGGGGAAAUCGCGCACAGCGAAGGCUGCACUUAUUGAUGGGUUCAAUCAGUUUGAUCACAAGUUCUUUGGCAUCACUGAAACGGAAGUGGAACAAAUGGAUCCCCAGCAAAAAUACCUUCUUCAGUGUACGUACAGGGCUCUAGAAAAUGCUGGGAUACCAAUGGAGAAGGCCAGUGGGACCAGGACAGGGGUGUUUUUGGGGCUAAUGAACAGAGAUUAUGAACAAUCUGCUGGAAGUGUCAACCCAAAUAUAAUCAACCACUGCACCGGCACUGGACUAGCUAUGAGUUUAGCAUCCAACCGAGUCUCCUACGUCUUCAACUUCACUGGACCCUCAAUGUCCAUUGACAGUGCCUGCUCUUCAUCCCUUGUUGCACUUCAUUUUGCUUGUCAAGCCAUAAGACAAGGUGAUUGCGAGAUGGCCCUUUGUGGUGGUGUCAGCUGUAUCAUACAACCACGAGUCUUUGUCGCUCUCAGCAAAGCAAAGAUGAUUUCCCCUGAAGGCACAAGCAAACCUUUCUCCAGCAGAGCAGAUGGCUAUGGCAGAGGAGAGGGUUGUGGGGUUAUUCUGCUGAAGCCACUGAAACAAGCUCUCAAAGAAAAUGACCAUGUAUGGGGCAUCAUAAGAAAAACUGCUGUAAACCAAGAUGGCCGCACAGUCACUCCAAUCACCAAGCCAUCCAUGGUCCAGCAAGAGGAGCUGCUCCGCAGAAUCUACUCACAGUCUGACCUGUCAACUGUCCAGUACAUAGAGGCUCAUGGGACUGGAACUCCAGUGGGGGAUCCCAUAGAAGCAAGCAGCAUCUCCAAUGUCAUUGCCAAAGCCAGACCUCCAGGUUCCGAGACACUCCGCAUCGGCUCUGUGAAAGGCAACAUUGGACACACAGAAUCUGCAGCUGGAGUGGCAGGGCUAAUCAAGGUACUCCUAAUGAUGAAGCAUGAAAUCAUUGUCCCUUCACUGUUCUACUCUGAGGAUAGUGCCAGUAUCGAUGCUAAAGCCUUAAAUGUUAAGGUUCCCACUGAAGCAGAAAAGUGGGGAGAUUCUGUUGAAAGGGUUGCAGGGAUAAAUAACUUUGGUUUUGGAGGUACAAAUGCACAUGUUAUUGUCAAGCAACACAAGCAGUCACAGGUUUCUAGAAAGAGUGGUAGAAAAGCACACAAGUAUUUUGUCCUCUCUGCGAGUUCUGAAAAGUCUAUCAGUAUGAUGAUGGAGGACACAAUUCAACAGAUAGACAAAGACAACAAAGUUGAUUUAGAAGCUCUUGCAUACACUUCCGCUUGUAGGAGAAGUCACUUAAAACACAAAUACAAGAAGGCUUUCAGAACUUCCUCUCUGGUUGAUCUAAAAGAUCAACUCAAGUCUGCCCUGAGUAAAACUCCCUACCCCUCAUACUCAGAUCCAAGGUUAAUAUUUGUCUUCUGUGGUAAUGGUGUGACCUACCAAGGCAUGUGCAAGGAGCUCCUGAAACAUGAGCCUGUGUUCAGAGAGAAGAUCAGGGAGGUGGAGAUACUUUUCCAAAUGUUCAAUAACAUGAGCAUCUUAGAGAGACUUGAGAGUGAGUCUGAGAGUAAGGACUUUUCAAAACCAGAAGUUGUCCAGCCCCUACUCUUUGCCAUUCAGGUUGGCAUUGCCAGUCUCUUCAAGCACUGGGGCAUCAAACCAGAUGCAAUUCUUGGCCACUCUGUUGGAGAGGUUGCUGCUGCCCAUUGCUCUGGUCUCUUGUCCCUUGAGGAUGCAGUGAAGGUGAUCUAUUUCCGCAGUACUCUGCAGAGUAAGGUCACAGGAGGGAAAAUGCUUGUGGUCAGUAACAUGGCUGUGUCAGAGGUCUUGAACCUCCUUCCCCUCUACUUAAAUAAGGUUUGCCUGGCUGCUGCCAACAGCCCACAGUCCUGCACACUUGCAGGUGAUGCUGAUGCUAUAGACAGUCUCCAUCAAAAGCUAAGCAGUUCAGUCAAGAGUAAGAAUCUAUUCCUCCAUGUUCUAGACGUCCCUGCUGCAUACCAUAGCCAGAUGAUGGAUCCCAUCCUCUCCCAAAUAGAGGACAGUAUUGGCUCUUUACAGGUGAAUCAUGUUGAUACAGAAUUGUUCUCCACAGUGACAGGGAAGGAGGUAGAGCAGCCAGACUUCAGCACAGGCAAAUACUGGGCCAGGAACAUUCGAGAGCCUGUUUCAUUUGAACAGGCAGUGAGAUCAGCAACCAAAGACAAGAAGAAUGUGGUCUUUGUAGAGAUAGGCCCUAGAAGGGCUCUACAAAGGAACAUCCAGGAGACUCUGGGAAAUGACACCAUAGUUAUGUCCUCAGUGCAGCCAGAAAAAGAUCAUGAGACAAUGCUGACCACUGUGUCCAAACUGUUUGAGUCUGGGGUUCAGAUCGACUGGGAUCAAUUCUACAGAGGCUGUGAGGCAUCACCAACACAUUUCCCUGUGUAUCAGUUUGAUUCCACUCAGAGAGAUGUUAUCAUUCCUGCAUCAAAGAUAAAUACAGCAGGUACUCAUCCUGUGCUAACUCAGACAGGAAGUGAGGGCAAUAGCUUUAGCUGUGAUCUGUUUUCUGACUCAGUAUCUUACUUGCAUGAGCAUAAACACAAUGGUGUUGCCAUUGUCCCUGGUGCUUUCUAUACAGAGUUGGGUUUGUCUGCUUUCAUGUUAAGUGCCAAACCAAAAGUGCCACUCAACACACUGCAAAUCAGCAUCAGCUUUCAAAACCCAUUUGUUUUCACCAAAAAUGCACCAGAGAUGAAAGUGCAACUUGAACCAGCAGAAGACGAGACACAUAUUAAGAUACAUUCUUCCUCUUCAACCUAUGCAUCAGGCACAAUAGUGUGCAAGCAAGAAAGACUGGUCGAAGAGCAGAACAUUUCGCUGAGCUCUAUCUACAAAAGGUGCAAGUCAGUGGUGAGCUCUGAGGAGUUUUACAACGUAGGUCAUGGCGGGUUUCAGUACGGCACUGUUUUCCAAAACAAGGGUGACGUACACUAUGGUGAAGACUUUAAGGAGGCUUUUUCAGUUGUCACAGUUCCAGAGGAAUUGCUGUCUCAGUUGCAUGACUACUGUAUUCACCCUGUAGUUCUAGACUUCCUGAUGCAACUCGCUCCUGUUACAGUAGCACACGGAUUCUCUUCCAGGCCUGGGUUUCCUGCCAAAAUAGGCAGCUUGACAGUCUUUGAACCUCUGCAAAAGGAAAUGAUUGUUUAUGUGAGAGCAAUUGAUGUAGGAGUUGAUCACUUUGAAGUAUGUGGUUGCUUUACAGACAAAGAGGGAAGAAUGUUGGUUGAGCUUAAGCAUGUGAUGAUCAAGUACCUUGGGAGCCAUUCACGUGUUGUUGAGGAAUACUUCUUCCACAAUGACUUCAGGGUUGUCUCUGAGGAUAUCAAGUCCUCUCAGGCACGAAAGGCCUUGGUCUUUUCUGACCAGGUAGGAGUUUCCAAAGCCAUGCAGCCACACUUGAGCUCAAUGUCUAAAUACAUUCCCUUUGCACAUGCUAAGGAGUUCUUAAGCCGUGGAUUUCCCACACUUCUGGCAAACCUUAAUAUCUCAGAUAUCAAGAAAAACUUUGAAGAGGUCUUGUUUAUGUGGGGUGAUGAAGAACUCACUUCAGUCAAAACCGAGACUGUUCUGGAGAAUAUAGUAAACUGCUGUGAGAUUUUCCGUCAAAUAGUCCUGGAACUAAGGGCGAGACAUUUUCCAAACUCCAUCAGAGUAAUUACUUACCGGUCAGCAGAGAACACAGUGGACCGCAUCAGCCCAGGCUUUGUCCUCUCAGGCAUGACUAGAGCAUGUGCUGCAGAAAUGGCAGAUCUUUCCUUCCAGCUGAUUGACAUCAGCUCUGUCUCUACAGAGGACAUCAGAGCUCUGUCUGAGGUCUUAAAGUCAUACCCUUGCAGCAAAUACCAGGAGUUGGUUGUGAAAGAUGGGAUGAUUUUUAAAUCUGAUAUUGUGCAUACUCCCAUGGAAAGCAUUGAGAGCUCUGGGGGAAGUAUGCCCUCUUCAAUGUCCGAGGCAUGUAUCUUUCAGACGGCUGACCCCUACAGAAUGACUAGCUUGUCUGCCAUUAGCUGUGAGGUCAAGAAAAAGGACAUCCAGCAGAAAUCAGUUGAGAUUCAGCUCAGUAAGAUAUCUGUUCAUUCCUCAGACUACUUUCCUGUCAGUGUCUCUGAUCUGCACUUUGGCCAGACAAUUUACUGGAACAAACACACAUCUCAGAACCACCAGCUUUUGGCCCUUGACUUCAGUGGCACUGUCACAGCUGUAGGGAAAGAUGUGAGCAAACUGAAAGUGGGAGACCAUGUUGUCUCAUGCUACCCUGUUCUUGCAUCCUCUGCGAUCAUGAUUCCUGAAGCAGCAUGCUACAAAACAAAGAGGCUCCCAUUUCUAAAGGAGGCUCCAUGUGUGUCCUACUUUGUGCUGGCAUGGGAAAUCUUGUACAAAGCGUUAACUAGAGUCAAAGAACAGAGAAGGUUGGGGAUCAUCUCCUCUGUUCCUGAUUCUGGUCUGCUCAAGGUAUUAGCCCAAACAGCAAACAAAUCAGGAUGGAAUGUCAUUGUAGGGACACAGUGCAAUGGGCUGUUUGUAAAAGCUGAUAAAAUGGAUGCAUUUGUCCUCCUUCCGCCAUUUGACGAAUCUCUGUUGGCAAAAGCAGGCAAUUUCCCUGGUGUUAGACACAUUGUCAUUGUCUGUGAAUCCCAGUCCCAGUGCUUGCUGGCACAGAGCGUUUUCCAAAAUGUGAAGGAUAGUGUUCGAAUGCAAACCCUUCAAAUGUCCAGCAUCAUACAAAGGGGAUCACUCAUUGCCCAGAAGCCACACAUUUAUCGUUGGCUCAAGUCCAUGCAUUUGGACAGGAAGUCAUUUGUUCUGGAACACUCUACCUUUCAAAGGUUGACAUCAGGAAGCAUUGACUUCUUGCCUGUUGAGGAGUCUGAAUCGUAUUUUAGCUCAAAGACCCUGCCUGUUGUGGCACUAGGUAAAGAUGAUUCCAGAGGCACACUGUCCAAAAUUCCUUUGUUGCCUAAACCAAAUCAGCUUUUCCAAAAGAGUUCUAUGUACAUUGUCACAGGUGGCCUCACUGGGCUGGGAUUUGAAACUGUGAAAUUCAUUUCUCAGAAAGGUGGAGAGUACAUUGUCAUACUCUCCAGAAGUAGCCCCACACCUGACAUACAGCAGGAGAUCUGCAAUCUGGAGAAGAAAUACAGUGCCCAUAUCAUAUGUAUGGGAUGUGAUGUCUCUGUUUCUGAGCAUGUGCUCAGAGCGAUUGGUCUCAUUGGCAAGAAGUUUCCCUCUUGUCCAAUCAGAGGAGUGUUCCACAGUGCAGUUGUCCUGCACGAUGGCCUGAUUGAAACCCUUGACAAAUCUCUGUAUGAGAAAGUCCUGAAGCCCAAAGUGAAUGGGGCUUUGAAUCUACACCAUGCCACGAAACACUGCAAAUUGGAUUACUUUGUGUGCUACUCCUCUGUUGCAGCUUUCAUUGGCAAUGUCUCACAAACAAACUAUGCAGCAGCCAAUUCAUUCCUGGACAUAUUCUGUCAUUAUAGACGGAAUAUUGGACUAGCUGGGCAAUCCAUCAACUGGGGGCCUUUGAACCUUGGUCUCUUGCUGAACAAGGAUCAUUUCCAAAGGUUUCUUGAGGCAAAGGGAUUGAUGGUGAUGGAUGUUACAGAGAUUCGCGAAAGUCUGGAACAAUGCCUCCAGCUAAACAAACCUCAACAGGCUAUAUGCAAGUUCAAUUUCAAAAACAUGAAGUACAAUGUCAUGUCUCAAAAUGCCUCAUUGACCAUGCGUAUGACUGCAUUAGUGGAAGAGGCAAUGCAAAAAGCCAAAUUGAAAGAGUCCCGGUCUGGACAUAAUGCUGCUUCCUCCUCCCCAAGUGGUUAUAUCAGAUCUGUACUCAGUGAAACAAUCGGUGUUGACAAGAAUGAGUUGAAUGAUGAUUCUCCUCUCUCUGCCUUAGGCAUUGACUCAAUGUUAGCCAUGACUUUGCAGAACCUGAUCUUUCAGGAGAGGGGAGUGAAUGUGCCACUGGUUAAAUUGCUGGACCCAAACAGCACACUGUCGACAUUGAUAUCAAACCUGAUGGAGGGCACUGCGGGUGAAUCCCAGAAUGAUGACCAGAAAGAGAGCAUGAUAGAUGACAUGUUCACAAGACUAUAGAGAUUUCAAAAGCUGAAAAUUGAAAAUAAAGAUGUAGAUAUCCGAUUUUCCCAUUAUAUUUGCAUGUUUGAUCAGAUAACAUUUAGAAACAUUACACAUAUCAUGAAAACAAUACUAGCACAAGACUGCAAUUACCUUUGGCAUGACCUGGUCCUCACAUAACAUUAUAACAAAGGUAAAUAUGUUGUUAAUUAUCACUAAAUGUAAUAAUAUUUGUUGAAGAUGUUAUGCAAUGUUUUGGUAGUAUUAUCAAAUAUAUUUUUCUUUCAAUUUUAGAAUGUGUUUUUUUCAUGUUUAUAAGUUUGGAUCUUGUUGUAUUCUUAUAUUAAUCUUAACCACAUGUGCUAAUGUGUACUGUAUUUCAUUGUAUUAUUCUAAAAUGUCAAAUAAAAUUGUAU